CCACUUGCACUGUACUGGCAGCACGAUAAGCAAAGCUGUAAUAAGUCAGGAAGAAGAGUGGGACUCGACGUGGUCUUCACAUCAGUAACGUUAAGACUUAGCAGUGAUGUCGGAGUCAAAUAGGAGGGUUAUUCUUCGUUCGCGUCCAGGGGACAGUGGUGUGACGGUAACAGAGAAUUUUGCAACAGAAGAAUGUCCAUACCCAGCUGACCUUCCAGAUGGCCAAAUCUUGGUGAAAACUCUAUGCCUAUCAGUGGACCCAUAUAUGAGAAGCCGACUGAAUGAAAAGACAAGAGCUGCAUAUCUGCUGCCGUGGAAGGUUGGUCAUACUGUAGAUGGAGGUGGUGUAGCACUUGUUCUGGAGAGCAAGCAUGAUGAUUAUAAACCUGGUGACAUUGUACAGACUGCCUCCCUACCAUGGCAACUGUACAGCCAGGUCAAGGUCGGUCAGUACUUUUCAAAGGUAGAGAAAGCCUUGGUUGGAGACCAUUACUCCUUAGCUGUUGGAGCACUUGGGAUGCCAGGUCUCACAUCCCUGCUUGGAAUCAAGCAUAAAGGUCAUUUAGUUCCUGGAACCAAUCAAACUAUGGUCAUCUCAGGGGCUGCUGGAGCAUGUGGAACUGUAGCUGGGCAGAUAGCAAAGAUCCAGGGAUGUGGACGUGUUAUUGGGAUCUGUGGUACCGAUAAGAAGUGCGAGAUGCUAACUGAGGAGUUGGGUUUUGAUGUAGCUAUUAACUACAAGACUCAGAAUGUGGAAGAGCGUCUGAAGGCUGCCUGCCCUCAAGGAGUAGAUAUCUACUUUGAUAAUGUCGGAGGAAACAUCAGUGAUACAGUUAUAAUGCAGAUGAACAAAGACAGUCAUAUUAUUCUGUGUGGGCAAAUUUCAAUGUACAACAACUUGCAUCGUGAAUAUCCGCCUCUGUUAGCAGACGAUAUAGCACAGAGACUCAAAGAUUUCAACAUCAAAAGAGAGAGAUUCUUAGUCCUGACAUAUGAACAAGAUUUCCCAGAGGCCUUGGUUCAACUAGCAACAUGGGUCAAAGAAGGAAAAUUAAAGGUAAAGGAGACUGUGACUGAAGGUCUGGAAAACACAGGAGCAGCAUUUGUUUCCAUGAUGUCUGGUGGUAAUGUAGGAAAACAGAUCGUCCAUGUUGCAGACCCAUAAAGAUGUCAGUUUAUUAAUUAACCCAAGACCUACUGAAAACAGGUUGUUCUUGUGUACUGAGUAUAAGAAUUAUAGAAUUUAGUGGGUAAGCAGACAAAUAACAGACCUUGGGUCUGGGUCUGUUUCAUAAAGAGAUAUGACUACAUGUAUGAUAACUUACUAUCAUCAUUUCCAUGGUAACAUGGCUCAUCUGUCAAUUUAAAUUGAGGUUUCCAUAGUAGUUACCAAAAUGUCAUAGUUACCAUUGAUGUCCUGAUAAAGUUUCUCUAUAAAAGUCAGUCUUGAUAAAUUAUAAUUUUGAUGACACAAUUCUGUGAUCAAAAGCUAUGUAAACCUCUUUUUCAUUUUUAUGAAUAGACCAAUUUGAGCCUUACGUGACUUGUAUACUGCCACAUCUAGAGGCUGGCAUAGGUGGGUGGUGUGAGGAACAAGUUCCAAGAUGACCAUUGCUCCUCAAUUGCUUGUAAGAGCAAUCUCUGGGGAGCGUUUCAUGAAAGGACUUGUCUGACGUUUUAUCCGACAAGUCCCAUUUGAUCCGACAGUUACCAUAGUAACAGUACCUCUCAGCCAAUCAACAUCAGAGAAUGAUGUCAGAUGAAACACUCUCCGGAUCUUCAUGCGAAGCAUGUCCAUCUAAGAUGAGGAGCACAGGAUUUUCCUCUGUCCUAUCCUGAGCACACUGCUUGAGGAAGAUCUUUUCAAAUCACCCCAACAUCAAAUCGCCAUCUACAAAUCCACUUUUUAAUUUUCCGUACAGGCAGCCAUUGGGACCUCCUUGGGUGUAGUUUCCAUGUAUUUUUUUUUACAUGCAAUAUUUCUGUGGGCAGGUAAUGGUAGAUGGGCAUCAAUAGGAGUUAUCCGGAAGGGUCUCUGCUUGAGCUGUUACUGACCAGUACUUCAAUUUACUUUUUUAUUCCAUAUCAAAAGAUGCAUGUCUUUGCACUUAGUUGACACUUGACAAUGCCUUGAUGGGCUUCAUGUAUCUUGGUCAGGUAUUCAGCUCUCAACUUCUCUAGAAUGAUCAGUCUAGGUCCCUUGAGUAGUAUGCUAUCCUCAAUCGAGAGCUCAUCUCGAAAUGGCCAGUACUUGCGAAGUGUCUGACUCAUGCCACACUUCUCAUCAGGCCAUCCUUGUAAAAUUGUAUCACGAUGAGGACAUAAUUCUUGGUCCUGUGCUGCACGUGUCGAAUCUCUUGUCCGCUUUGUGUCUGAGAGCAUUAGUUGAUCUGUAUCGAUGCUUCUGGCUCUUUGUCCGGGAGUGGAUUGAGUCACAACAUGGCAUCACAAAGGAGCAUAUCCUUGCCUGAUUUGUACUUGAUUAUCAGGUCUUAUUCAUGAAUCCUUAAUCUUAAAAGGACUGGGGGGUUAUGAUGCCCCCCCUCAACACUUCGCACGAUAUUUUCGUUAUUUUUUUUCACUGAAGUCUCAUGCAACUUUUGAUACCAAAUUCUCAACAUACGGGCAUAGCAUCACAAUGCCACAUGACUUUUUACAACACAACUUAAUGCCGAAAAUGGCUCAUUUUUAUUUUAUUUUUUUCCUAAGUCUAUGGGAGAUGAAUUCUUAAAAGGGUGAUUAUUUUU